GUUUGGAAUCUUAUUCCAAGCCCACAUAGUUAAACUGCAAUUAUCUCAUCAGAAACCCCCAUUUCUCAAUCAUCUUUGCAUUAAGGUUUGGAAUAUUUGAGAUUUGGUGUGUCAGCUAUGACAAUGACAGCAUGCCUGCACAUGAAGCAUUGCAACCCACAAGCUAUCGACUCUGCAGCCAGUGCUGAAGCUAUUGUCUUUGAGUUGUUAUCAACAAAAACGCUAUUGCAAAGACUCUCAAUUUGCACAAAUGAAUUAGUCCUCUCUAUUUGCUCCUUGUUUCGUUAUCAUGGGCUUCUUUUCCUUCUUCCUUUGGUGCAUUCUGCUGUUGAGUCUCCUCGUACCAGACCUUUUCUUGGUACAUGCUUUCACAGGUACAUAUGGAAUAAAUUACGGCAGAAUAGCCGACAACAUCCCACCACCCGAAAGCGUUGUGACCCUUCUAAAGGCAGCCAAGAUCAAGAACAUCAGAAUCUAUGACGCUGAUCAUGGAGUUUUAAGGGCCUUUAAGGGCUCUGGGAUUGAAAUAAUUGUUGGACUUGGGAACGAGUACUUGAGAGAUAUAAGCGUAAACGAGGACCGCGCUGUUGAAUGGGUGAAAGAAAACGUGCAACCAUUUCUUCCUGGCACGCUUAUUACCGGCAUUGCUGUCGGGAACGAGAUUCUUGGAGGAGCUGACACGGAGUUGUGGGAAGUUCUCGUCCCAGCUGUGAAAAAUGUCUACAACGCCCUUGACCGGCUGCGUCUUGCCAAUCGGAUAGAGGUGUCAAGCCCACAUUCUGAGGCUGUUUUCGCCACUACGUUCCCUCCAUCUGCAGGGGCGUUCAAGGAAAGCGUCCUCCCUUACAUGAGACCGCUUCUGCAGUUUUUCUCGCAGAUUGGCACCCCUUUUUACAUCAACGCCUACCCGUUCCUGGCCUAUAUGAGCGAUCCAGCACACAUUGAUCUGAACUACGCUCUGUUUCUCCCGAACCCCGGAAUCAACGAUGCUAAAACUAAGCUACAUUAUGACAACAUGUUCGAGGCUCAGAUAGAUGCCGCCUAUGCUGCACUGGAGAAGGUUGGUUUUGACAAGAUGGAAGUCAUUGUUUCAGAGACCGGUUGGGCAUCCAAGGGAGACGAAAAUGAGGCCGGUGCCAACCUGAAAAAUGCGAGGACAUACAACCGUAAUCUGCGCAAAAAGCUUCUAAAGAAGAAAGGUACUCCUUACCGACCAAGAACAGAGGUUAAGGCCUACAUAUUCGCAUUGUUCAACGAGAACUUGAAGCCGGGGCCGACUUCUGAGAGAAACUUCGGACUGUUCAAGGCUGAUGGGAGCAUUGCAUACAAUAUCGGCUUCACCGGCCUUGUCCCAAGCUCAGCUUCCUCAUUUCUUGGAUCAAUAAAGGUGAAUGGACACGACUGGUACCGGAAUCUGCAGUUGCUGGUUCGCAUAACAUGUGCAGGAGGGGUGCUGCUUGUUCUCAUCUCCUAACUAUUAUCCAAAAGUUGUUUAUACCCACCUUCCAUUCUUUCAAUCUUUAUGUUCAUAAGGGGAAUUGUUUUCGACAUCUACUUGAGACGUUGUGAAUACGUAUAGAGUAUGAUCAACCGUUAUGUAUACAUUAGGAUGAUCAAGACUUUGAGCUCAUCACAAUUGAACAAAAUCCCAUUUUCACAUCGA